AUGAGUAAUCCGAAACGUCGAAGAUCCAAUGUAGAAUUUUUGGAUCUAAAAAACAUUAUUGAAUCUCCACCUAUGGAUCUCGAUGCUGAUCAGAAUAUCAGAAAGUCAAAAAGACUUCGUCGUGAUUCUAUAUGUCUAUCAAAGUCAGAAAGUAAAGAGCCUUCAAAACCAUCCAGAGCACCUCGAAGAAAGUCAUUGAGAUGCCCAUUAAAGCAAUUAAAUUCGCAUGAUAGUACAUCCACUAAUCCUACUCAACUAACUGUUCAAAUGAAAAAUGACCUACCACACAUGGAUGUUAGUUCUAUCAAUACUAUUUCAUUUGGUAAUCUGUCAAUUUCAUCACCAAACAAGUCAGAAAAUACUAAAUUAUCUCGUCCAAGUUCUUCAUUUAUUCCUGCAUUUGUUUCAGAUUUUUACCUCUCUAAAAGAUAUAUUCCCCCUAAGCACAGAGGGUUAGCCACAGUAGUUGAAGAUUCUGUUAAACGGAGUCAGCGACGUCCUAGAUCGUACAAAAAGACCGAACUUUCACCAAUAAGACGACAAAUAUUUACAGGCCAAACUCUUGAGGAAGCUUGUGCCCCUACAGCUGCUGGUAUUGCUCCUCUAGACCCAGAACUUGUGUUGUCAGCUACACGUAAACGUGUUAUCAGGCGUCAAAGGCUUGCGAAAAAGUUAGGGUUUCGUGGCAUUAGUAUAUCCAAGCAGACUGAAGAGAACUUUGCUAAAUUUCUUUCACAAUCAAAUUUGAAUUCUUCUCACAGUAGCUCAGCAUCUAUCUGA